CCCUCCGCUCCCUUCCCCCACCGCCGAGCGAGAGGGCCGAGGAAGUGUCGGAGCCGCCUGGCACCCUGUUGUGGUGCCCGGCGUGGGUGGCGUCAAGGGCAGAGGCAGCGCCGGCAGCAGCGGAGAGGGCUGGGCGCUCCUCCCCUUCCCCAGCCCGGCGUCGGCGUCGGCGGCAGCACAGGAGGAGGAGGAGGAGGGCGCAGAGAGAGCGCAGACAUGGCGGCCAACAUGUACCGAGUGGGAGAUUAUGUUUAUUUUGAAAACUCUUCAAGCAAUCCAUAUCUGAUCAGGCGAAUAGAAGAACUUAAUAAGACUGCCAAUGGCAACGUUGAAGCAAAAGUGGUGUGCUUUUACAGACGGCGUGACAUCUCCAAUAGCCUCAUCAUGCUUGCAGACAAGCAUGCAAAAGAAGUUGAGGAAGAAUGUGAAAUUCCCAAAGAAGUAGAUUUGACUGAUAAACAGAAACAUCAACUGAAACACAGAGAGCUGUUUCUGUCUCGCCAAUAUGAGUCCCUUCCUGCAACACACAUCAGGGGGAAAUGCAGUGUUGCACUUCUGAAUGAGACAGAGUCUGUAUUGUCGUAUCUCAUUAAAGAGGAUACUUUCUUCUAUUCACUGGUAUAUGAUCCAUCACUGAAAACACUUCUAGCAGACAAAGGAGAAAUCAGAGUAGGUCCCAGAUAUCAAGCAGAUGUUCCAGAUAUGCUUGCAGAAGGGGAAACAGAUGACCGGGAACAGGCAAAGCUUGAAGUAAAAGUAUGGGAUCCAGACAGCCAUCUCACUGAUCAUCAGAUUGACCAGUUUUUAGUAGUAGCACGUGCGGUCGGUACGUUUGCCCGAGCUCUGGACUGCAGUAGUUCUGUAAGACAGCCUAGUUUACACAUGAGUGCUGCUGCUGCCUCCCGUGACAUCACUCUGUUUCAUGCCAUGGAUACAUUGCAUAAGCACAACUAUGACCUGAGCAGUGCUAUUAGUGUCCUGGUUCCACUUGGAGGGCCUGUCCUUUGCAGAGAUGAAAUGGAAGAAUGGUCUGCUUCAGAGGCUAGUUUGUUUGAAGAAGCCCUAGAGAAAUAUGGCAAAGACUUCAACGACAUACGGCAAGACUUUCUUCCUUGGAAGUCUCUGACUAGCAUCAUUGAAUAUUAUUAUAUGUGGAAAACUACAGACAGAUACAUCCAGCAGAAACGCCUAAAAGCUGCUGAAGCAGAAAGCAAAUUGAAACAAGUUUACAUACCAACCUACAACAAACCAAAUCCCAGUCAGAUAUCCAGCAGUAACGGGAAACCAAGUGCUGUGAACGGAGCGGUUGGAGGACCUCACCAGGCCCAGAAUGCACUAAUAGGCCGUGCUUGUGAAAGCUGCUACAUCACACAGUCUCAACAGUGGUAUUCUUGGGGUCCACCCAACAUGCAGUGCAGGCUAUGUGCACCAUGUUGGAUUUAUUGGAAGAAAUAUGGUGGGCUGAAAAUGCCAACACUAACAAAUGAAGACAGAUUUUCUCCUACUCAAACCACAGAGGAAGCAUGUGUUAGAACACACAUGUCUCGACAAGCAACGCAGGGAAUACCAGUCCGGAACACAGGCAGUCCAAAAUCUGCCGUGAAGACACGCCAGUCGUUCUUCCUCCAUACGACAUACUUGACUAAACUUGCCCGCCAGGUCUGCAGAAACACUCUACAGUUGAAGCGAGCUGCAAGAAGACCGUUUGUCCUUAUUAACUGUGCUGCCAUUAGGGCAGAAUAUGCUGACAGACACUGUGAAUUUGUCGGAAAUCCUCUGAAGAUUAAAAGCACUCGGAAAUCAUUAUCGUGUAUCAUUGGAUACUUGGAGAUUCAUCCUGCCAUGAAGCCUAAUAUAAUCAAGUCAACACCAAGCCUUCAGAGUUCAAUGGCAAAGAGGUUGCUCGCUCCCCCUGGCCACUCAUCGCUAAGUAUUUUGGGGAAGAGAAACUACAGCCACCAUCACAAUGGCCUGGAUGGACUUUCCAGUCAUACACAUGGGACUAAAAUGCAAGCGGCACAUGAUUUCUAUACAACUAAUGGUAAAACUUUACAAGUCGGCACAAGUGACCUUAUGCCAAGUGUUACGCCGUUGCUCAAGAGGCAGAGACAAAACUGGCUCAAUGCUCCUGAUGAUGGUUUCUUUAUUGCUACAGAAGAGACCAGAAAACGCCGUAAGCAGUUUACUCGAUCACAGCUGAAAAGAGCUUGUAGGACCCCAUGCACUUUAAUUCUGAGGAAGGUGAAGUCCCUUCUGACUCACAAAGAGACUCAAGAGAAUUUGAGCAAUCAUUCACAGCGAAAAAAAUCUGUUUUGUGGCUAUUUUGAAAGCAUCACCUUAUAAAGAAGAAUUUUCAGAAAUUGGACAGGAGAAUGUUCUUUCUGUGUCUUUAUACAAUGAGGACAGUUAAAGGCUGCGUCUUGUUUUAUUAAAGAGUAAAACACAGUUUUGAACUUUUCCAUGAAUACAAGGACUGCCUUGAAGUAAGGCAACCGGGAUAUAAGGAGAAUAUGUCAAAAAAGUCAGAAGAUGGAUAAUAUUCAGAACAGAACCAGACAACUCGUUAACCCACCAUCAAUGAACUUUCCGUUGCUGCUUCCCCUGGCAGCACAUCAUAUAAAGUUCCAUCAAUAACAUGAACUCUCUGAAUGCAACUGUAUGCAUUCAUACUAUAGCAUACUUCUGGUUCUGCCCUUUGAGGAACCGGAUAUAUUGCGCUAUCCCACCCCAAGCAUGGAGAUAUAUCUGCUGAAGCACAAAUGGCAAGUUACAUUGUCUUAACUUGAUUUUGGGCAACAUGCCCUGAUUGAGGCAUGUUGGUUUUCAGGCGCACUGAGAAUCUUAGCUAAAGAAAGAACAUGUGUACAUAGAAGAGUCUGAAUGCAGAAUGACAUUGGCUGAAUUAGGUAUCCAGCAACCCUCAGUAACCAUCUCUGAAAAUGAUUUUCUAUCAAAUCUUGGAAAGAAGCAGUACUUCUUACGCGGUGGUUUUUAUGAGUAGCAACCGCUGGGCUGACAGUUAUUUCUUUAAUGUAACAUUAAAUCUGCUUCUCUCAUUAUUUAUUGAUAUUGUUACAGAACCUUGAGUAGCUCAGGCAGGCAGGCCCUUUCUUGAUGGAUGACGGUGUCCAAGUUUUGAUAAACAGAAGAAAUAAUUAUUGUCAAACAGGGACAAAGGCGCAUGCAACAAUCAGUCAACACUCAGGCCGUGGCACGUCAAACAUUUAUAUCACACACACACACACACACACACACACACACACAGCCACCCUGCAAAGAAUAAUGGGAACUGUAGUUUAGCUACCACUAAGCUACAAUUUCCAGCUCUGCAAAAAAACUAGUGUUCCCGGGAUUUGGUGUGUGCGUGUUAUAUCUGAUUUAAAUGUAUUUUGUGUGUGCAGCCUUAUAACUGCACAUCAGAUGCGGACUUAUUACGGUUGCCCACCCCAGAAACAUUUUCAGUACCAUACAAUAACUCCAUAGGAAUAGCCAAGCAACAUCACCCCCUCUGAUGUCAAACACAGGACAAGACAACUGAGAAAGAGGAGGAAGAUGACAGCAUGCUUGGAUGAAUCUGAGAUUUGCAGAAGUAGAGAAAAAACUCACCUUUUAAAAAACUAAGGUAAAGGUAAAGGUAAACUGAUCAUUAGGUCCAGUCGCGGAUGACUCUGGGGUUGCGGCGCUCAUCUCGUUCUAUAGGCCGAGGGAGCCGGUGUUUGUCCACAGACAGCUUCCGGGUCAUGUGGCCAGCAUGACAAAGCCACUUCUGGCGAAAUCAGAGCAGCAUGACCCUUAAAAGUUGUGUAAAGGUAAAGGUAAAGGGACCCCUGACCAUUAGGUCCAGUCGUGACCAACUCUGGGGUUGCGGCACUCAUCUUGUGUUAUUGGCCAAGGGAACCAGCGUACAGCUUCCAGGUCAUGUGGCCAGCAUGACAAAGCCGCUUCUGGCGAAGCAGAGCAGCACACGGAAACGCCAUUUACCAUCCCGCCGGAGCAGUACCUAUUUAUCUACUUGCACUUUGAUGUGCUUUCAAAUUGCUGGGUUGGCAGGAGCAGGGACUGAGCAACGGGAGCUCACCCCAUCACAGGGAUUCAAACUGCCGACCUUCUGAUCGGCAAGCCCUAGGCUCAGUGGUUUAGACCCUAGACUAAGGGGCAAAGCAGCAACAAGCAGUCAAUUGAGCAUGCUCUUUGAAAGCUAGAAAACAGAGGAUAACUCGAGGAUUUACAGGGAGUAAAAUGUCCUGAUUGAGCCCUUGGUGGUGGGCAUGAAACCUUGAACAAUCGUCAUGCAGGAUAUACAGUGCUUCAUUGUGAGUCCUGCCUAUACUGUAGUCUAAAAACCCAUUCUGCCAGAGGAGGAAACCAUCUUUCAACUUGAUAUAAUUUUGGAUGCAGCUGAGACUCUCAUUACACAUUCCAGAUCCCCUGUACUAACUGUGCACCCUGAUCUGACUUGGAUCUGUGCCCCAAAGUCAUUUGGGGACCUUACCCAAUCUCUCUCUCCCCCAAUUCCUUGCUGCCAGACCACCAGCCCUUUUGAAAGACCUGGGUUGCUCUAGGUUAGACCUUCUCUGACCUGGGUUGAUCCAGGGCUGCAUGAACCCCAUCUGGCCAAAUUCCAAGGCAAACUGAAUCAGCCGGAUUCAGUUCUGGAUCUGAUGUACAGUCCUAGUAUUAACCACACACUUUAAAUAUAUCCCAAUGCCUAUACUUUUUGUAUUCCAUGAUAUGAGUUCCUACUAUGGUUGAACUUGAUCACACUUCCUCCCAAAAAGAUGUUAAAAAGUCUGGCUAGAGUACAACAGCUCCAACAAUUGUCAUUAUGUUCCAAUCUAUAAAAUGAUAAAUAUAAUUGGUAUUGGGUUGUUUUUAUUUUAUUUAUAAAAAAAUCAAUAGUGGCAGAUAAUUAUUACAUAAGGAAAUGUGUUGCAAAUUCUCAGUUCCCCGAACUGCUUUGUUGGGUCCCCCGCUGCCUGUUUUUAUUCCUACAAAAUGUGAAUGCAUAUUUUUCAAUAAAAUAGAAAGGCCAUGGAGUGUAUUCUACCUAUUUGGAAAAUGCAGAAAGAGUGAUUUUUUGGGGGGGGAGGGGAAUGUCUUCUUCAAAAAAACUUGUUUGUACAUUACUUCUGAAUGCACCUGAUGAUGGGAUUCCAAAACCAUUAGAGCAAUGACUCUGGAUUUACACAUUUUGCUUUGUAGCCUGGUUGUUUGGGAUUGGGUAACAAUUUAUGUACAGGUAUCGACUUCUGAUUUAGCCCCAUGUACAGAAGGCACUGCAAAAUGAAAUGUACCAAGACUGUUGUGUAGUAGUGGAAAGUGAGAGAUGAGAGUGUGGAAAGUUUGGUCAUGUGUGUAUCUGCAUACAGCUGGUUUUGUUGGACACCCAUGUAAAUACACCUCUGUACAAUAAAGCUUCAU